AUGAUCUUCAACCGAGUCCUUGGCCCUUUGGCCGUAUGCUCCUUGGCUGCGGCGAACCCCACUCGCAAGCUCGACCGUCGUGGAACUAUCGGAAAUGCUGAUAUAGUUGGCUUUUCUGAGACCGUUCCGUCUGGUACCACUGGUGAGGUCUAUCUCGCCUACAAACCUCACUUGUAUGUGCAGAAUGGCUGUGUGCCAUUCCCAGCUGUGGAUGCAAGUGGAAAUACCAACGCUGGUUUGAAAACGACUGGUGCUUCCAACGGUGACUGCAGUAGCAGCACAGGCCAGGUUUAUGUUCGUGGCACAACCUAUGGGGAUUACUAUGGACUGAUGUACGCGUGGUAUAUGCCCAAGGAUGAGCCAUCCACGGGCCUUGGCCACCGUCACGACUGGGAGGGAGUCAUCGUGUGGCUGUCUAGCUCUUCAAGCACCACGGCUAGCAAUGUUGUUGCUGUUUGCCCUUCGGCUCAUGGUGGAUGGGACUGCUCUACCGAUGGGUAUACUCUUGAUGGCACCUCGCCAUUGAUCAAGUACUUCAGUAUCUGGCCUGUGGAUCACCAGUGUGGCUUGACAAGCACAGUUGGCGGUACCCAGCCUUUGAUCGCAUGGGAGUCCUUGCCUACUGUGGCCCAAGAUGCUUUGGACACCACCGACUUCGGUGAUGCCAUCGUGCCAUUCAUUGAUGCCCACUUUACUACAAACUUGGGCAACGCCAGUUUCUGA